AUGGAAACCAGCUCCGGUACCCUUAAACCCUGCGGACAGGAACUGAGCCGCAAGGGCGCUGCGCUGGCCGACGAUGACGGCUCGAUGUUGAAAGCGUCGGUGGCGCCCAACAAGCCACCACCGCUGCUGGCAUCGCGGUUCGCGAUGCUGACUCGGUUCCACGCUGGCUACUUCCGCAUCAGCCUGGCGCUGAGCGGGCAGGCGCUGCUAUGGCGCACCCUCAGCGACUCGUCGACUGAGCCGAGCGCGCUGCGCCCUGUGGCGCGGUCCCUGCCGUCGGCGGCGUUCGCGCUGCUCUGGUGCCUGGCGCUGCUCACCCUGGUGGCGCUGUGCGCGCUCUACGCGGCGCGCUGCGUGCUCCGAUUCCCCGCUGUCCGCGCCGAGUUCCGUCACCACGUCGGCAUGAACUACCUGUUCGCGCCCUGGAUCUCCUGGCUGCUGCUCCUGCAGGCCACGCCAUUCUUGCGGCCGGAGGCGCCGUCGUACCACCUGCUGUGGUGGGCCUUCUCGCUGCCGAUCCUCGUGCUGGACGUCAAGGUGUACGGACAGUGGUUCACGCGCGGCCGGAAGUUCCUGUCCAUGGUGGCCAACCCGGCCAGCCACAUGACGGUGAUCGCGAACCUGGUGACGGCGCGGGCGGCGGCGAAGAUGGGGUGGCACGAGGGCGCCGUGGCCAUGUUCGCGGUCGGCGCUGCGCACUACCUAGUCCUGUUCGUGACGCUGUACCAGCGGUUCCUGGGCUCCGACUCGCUGCCGGCCAUGCUCCGCCCGGUCUUCUUCCUCUUCUUCGCCGCGCCGAGCAUGGCGUCCCUCGCCUGGUGCUCCAUUUCAAUGUCCUUCGACACCGGUUGCAAAAUGCUCUUCUUCCUCUCGCUCUUCCUCUUCGCCUCCCUGGUGUCCCGGCCGACGUUGUUCAAGCGUGCGAUGCGGCGGUUCAGCGUGGCGUGGUGGGCCUACUCUUUCCCCCUGACGGUGUUAGCGCUGGCGGCGGCGGAAUAUGCGGAGGGGGUGAGGGAGCCGGCGGCGAACGUGCUGAUGCUAGCGCUCGCCGUGCUCUCCGUCAUUGUCACCCUGGCUCUCAUGGUCUUUACCGCCUUCCGGACCAACGAGCUGCUGCCGCACGACGACCCCUUCUCAGCGGCCACGCUGCCCACACGACGAACACCCAGCAGCUAG